UCUCAUCCACAAUUCAAUUUCGAGAGAAAAAGAACGCAUUCCUUACGUUUGUCUUUUGUACGAAACAAUGGCCCCAAAGGCGGAGAAAAAGCCAGCCGAGAAGAAACCCGCCGCCGAGAAAACCCCGGCAGCCGAGAAAGCUCCGGCGGAGAAAAAGCCGAAAGCCGGAAAGAAAUUGCCAAAAGAAGGCGGCGCAGCGGCAGGAGAUAAGAAGAAGAAGCGGAUGAAGAAGAGUGUUGAGACUUACAAGAUCUACAUCUUCAAGGUGUUGAAACAGGUUCACCCUGAUAUUGGGAUUUCCAGCAAGGCCAUGGGUAUAAUGAACAGCUUCAUCAACGAUAUCUUCGAGAAAUUGGCUCAAGAGGCUUCCAGGCUGGCCAGGUACAACAAGAAGCCGACCAUCACUUCUCGGGAGAUUCAGACUGCUGUGAGAUUGGUUCUUCCUGGAGAACUGGCCAAGCACGCUGUUUCUGAGGGUACGAAAGCUGUUACUAAGUUCACCAGCUCCUGAAUAGAUGAAAAAUUAGGGUUUUUACUGCUGCUUGUUUUAAUUUCUUUUUAAUAAUGUCCUCGUUAAUUAUUAGGGUUAUCAGUGUCUAAAUGUAAACAAACUUUAGGUUGUUUAUUGCUAAUGAUUAAAUAAUUGAAUUUUUCUGUUCUUUA